AUGACUUCUGUAUCUUCAUCCUCCAACAAAACAAACAACUCCAUAGAAGACCACGACCACCACACCGACAAGGUAAACAAAAUCCAGUAUGCCGGCGACAACCAAGAGUACGUCAUCAUCAACAGACAAAAGUACUACAGACAUGAGUUGAUGGCCGCCUUUGGUGGUUACUUGAACCCGGGUGCCUCUCCAUACCCAAAGAUCAACAUCAACCCCGCCCCACUCGGCUUGUCCGCUUUCGCUACCACCACUUUUGUCUUGAGCUUGAUCAAUGCUCAAGCAAUGGGCAUCACAGUGCCCAACGUGGUUGUCUCGUUGGCUUGCUUUUAUGGAGGUGCAGUACAAUUCCUCGCUGGAUGCAUCGAAUUUGUCACUGGUAACACAUUUGGUUUCACUGCACUUACAUCCUACGGUGCAUUUUGGUUGAGCUACGCAGCAAUCUUUAUCGAAAGCUUUGACAUUGCAGCCUCAUACACUGACUCACAAGAACUCGAAAAUGCCGUGGGCUUCUUUUUGAUAGGCUGGGCCAUCUUCACAUUGAUUUUAUUCUUGAACACCUUGAAAUCAACCGUUGCAUUUAGCAGCCUUUUCUUUUUCUUGUUUGUCACUUUUUUGCUCCUCGGAGGUGGCGCCUUUUCAGGCCACGUUGGAGUCACACGCGCUGGAGGUGUCAUUGGAGUCAUCACCGCCUUUAUCGCUUGGUACAAUGCAUUCGCCGGUACCGCCACACGCUACAACUCGUACAUCACCGCAAGACCAAUCCCAUUGCCAGGAAAUUUCCUUUCUCACAAAUGA